CUUCUGGGACUUCUUUGGUCUUUUGCCGAACAAUUUGUUCCAAAUUCGACUCUGGAAACUUCUGGCCUUAUUCUUUAUCUGUUUUGAGGACGUGAGGUCAUGAUUUGGGGUGUCAUUGAGCUAUCUAGGAUCUUGAUACACUGGAGGCCAACGGCUACCGAGUUCCCGUAUCGUCAUGUCUUCCGAAUCGCUUCAGAUUCCUGGAGCCGAUCACCUUACCUCAGGAAAUGCCUCGAGUCAUCCGGAGUCAGAUGCGGGAAAGCUGCGAGUCUGUGACCACUGUAGAAUAAAGAAAAUCAAAUGUGAUCAAGUCCGUCCUGCUUGUGGCAACUGCCAGACGCGUCUCGUAAGCUGUUCGUAUACCAAACGAAGAAGAAAACCAGGGCCUCCAAAGGGAUGUACAAAAAGACUCAAACGCUCGACGUUUACUGGGUCGACCGCCUCUUCUGAGCGCAGCUCAAGUGGUCGAGUCCCGGACACCACCAUCUGCACCGACGGCUCAGAUUAUAUAACAUCUAGAGCUUCGAAUCGAAUACGAACUAAUGGUGAUGUUUCCCUGGUGUCUUGGCCUGAAAAUGUCUUGGGAAGACCGCUAUCAUACGGCCCAAACGUCAGCCUCGAGAUAGAAACUUACCUCUUGGAUCUAUACUUCAAACACAUCCAACCAAACUAUCCUCUACUCGAUACUUGUCCAGACAGACGACUCAGAAGCGCGCUGCACAUGUCGUCGCGCCUAAAAAUGGCCCUAUUCACCGUGUCAUCACGAUUCGCUACCCCAGGCGUCAUGCCAUGGUCACCAGAAGAUUUUGCUCAACGAGCAAAAUGCCUCUCAAACGACUCGGAGCUGAGCGUGGACGAACUGAAAGCAUCUUUCCUUCUCUGCCUCCACGCCAUGUCCGACUCCUUGACGUGGGCGACUGUCACCGAGACCACCAAGAUCACCAGGAUGGCUGAUCUGUACUACACGAUGCGUCUUGGAGGACAGCGCAAAGAGUCUGGCAGGAACUUUCAUCGCAACGACGAAGAGGACGCUGGCGGUGGGGAUGGACUAGCAGCGAGACGACGGGACGGGGCUGACGACUUGGAUGCUGAGAUGGAGGAGUGGAAUAGGGUAUGGUGGUGCAUCUAUCGCCUUGAUUCCUGCUGUUGUGCUAUCACUGCAUCACCAAACGCCAUCUCAAAUCGCCUCGAAGAGAAGAUCAAGCUCGCUUCUGAACCACCCACCGAGUCCAUCACACAACCAUUCUUUGACUCAGAACAGAAUCAAGACCUGUCACAGCACGAAUCUCGGAACCGGUCAACGCAUACGAAGGCCUGGCGGACGAUGAAAACCAUCUUCUCUCAACCAGCAUGCACGAACCAGGCACUCUAUCUCGGCGUAUGCACCUUCGUGAGAUUCGUCACAGAACUCAGGUCCUUAGUGAAAUGCAGCGGCACCCGAGGCCUCGAAAACCGCCUGCGAGAGCUCGAGAGCGAUAGCGCAGCCACGGCCUUUGCCUUGCCUUCAUGGUACUUUCAGCCUGUUAGGAACCUGAGCGUUGGCGAGACUGGAGAAGACCACGCGUCUCGGCUGAAGAAUCUGCUAGUCUGGUCGUGCUCCGACUUGCUACUCGCAAUCUGUGCCGUGGAGAUGAGCAGCUCGUCGACCACAGCUGCUCUCGAUCUCACAGCACACUGGCACUCGAUCUUGGCCAAGGCAAACGAUGCCGCCGAAGUCGUUGGGAAAUGGAAGCCUGCCUACCUUGACGUCGUCGACCCGCUGUGCUCCUAUAUUGUUCUUUUGGUUGGCGCAAUCUUCUCUUUGCAAAGGGCGCUCUCGUCUGAGAUAUCCCUUUACUCCUCCCAGCUUGAUCUGCUGGAGUUGUUCCUGGAGCAGAUAGGGACUCGUUGGCCUAUUGCAAACCGCCUCGGCAAAUCACUUCAAUCCAUACAGAGAAACCUAUCUUCAGGAAAGUCUACUUGUACCCUUGAGACGGCGCUCACCUAUGUCCGCCAGUUGACUCACCCUUUCGAUGGCCAACCUAUCCACCCUGUCCUGAAAGGUGAUGUCUCAGGAGCUAGCACAUCGGGAUCUACGGAGGCUAGGGAAACAGGCAACGGAGGCUACCCGGCAAAUACAUAUGAGGAAGGAUAUGGUCAUUACUAUGACCUCGACGGUAUUGAUUUCACGAGUCUGGAGAGAAUUUUCGGCGACAUGGACCCGAUGGACAUGCUGCUCCAGGCAGGUAGCUGAGCAGAGGCUGGAUAAUAUGAUACCAUAAUAAUACAGUACAUUGGUUAUGCAUUAUCUAGGACCGCAAGCAAUCCUACAUUCACAGCAAGAGGACUUGAAUUUGAGCUUGGAAGGACCACUAACCAUUUUACAUGCUC